UUGGCCAUGAAAUCCGCUUUCGCACUGCAAAAUGUGCGGCCGGCAGAUCCCUGCAGGCCAUAAGAUUCUACUAUCAGCUAGCGCGCGACUUUUCCUUUUCAUGUACAGCUCGCCAGAUCAUAUUAUUUCCGCACCAGGAUACCGGGGAUUAUGUUAUGCAUGCUUAUCCCGGCGUGAACAAUGAGUGCUGCGCGUUACGCGUCGAAUAGACCACAUAAUAUGAUCUGAUUACGAAAUGUUACCCGUCGUGUAUUUGUGUUCAUCGUUGUUGCCGGCGCCCGCACUGUACUUCCUUCCGGCUGAACGGCUGGAGAUGGUUUUUGUCAGCGCGGAUACAGAAAGUACUCACGCGGUGCCGAAUCUGCGAGACAGCAUAUUUCUCACAAUACGCACUUGAGUAGAAUCAUUUGUACCUGUCCGUAUAGUUAAAACCGGGCCUCUUGUUUGACGGAUUUAUCGAUUGGGUUAUUGAGAUCCGCUCUGUGCGCGAGGCGAUGCCAGUGUUGUGUGAUAUGGCUACUUUUUGGGUAAAUGUUGUUAGAAACACAUGAAGGCUCUGCCGCCGGUUGGCUGUUCUACGUAUUAGCGGAUUGAUUGCACACUGUCGUGCUUGAAUCAUGAAAAAUCUGCCUGGCUCAAACCAUUUAAAUGCCCUCCGUGUUUAAUGCAUUUCCGGUGCCGGAUAACGGGAUCUUUGAAUGUCAACUGCUCGAGUAAAUCAUUCACUUAUGCCGUCCUUGCUGACGGCAUAGCGCGACUGUUAUUAAUGUGCCUGAAGUGUUGCGUAUAGUGGUAUGAAUACCGUUUUGACUCAAAUCAUGCGGAGGAGAAUUUUCCAUGAUUUUCUCUCGUCUGUCCGGUGCAGAUCGAUGAAAACGUUCUCAGUGAGUAAAAAUCGGACAGUUAAUUCAAAAUGACUUUGUCCGAGAUAACGUAAAGCUGGCGGCAUUUUGUCACCGUUGUUCUAUGCCGGACCAAUAAGAAAUAAUUUACUAAAACAGGCGGCAUUUGUUGCCACCGUUUUUUUCGCCUGAUCAAUAAAAAAUGAUUUGGCCUGACGUGAUAUAACGACGUGCGGUCCAGUCAGCGACAUGGUCAUUUUUGUCCACUUUAUCGUCUUGCUUGUCGCCGAUGUUGGACUGGCCUAUCAGUAUCCUUGCAACUUUACCAUUCUCGUUAUUCUUCCCUUGACACUUCCUUCUUCCCAUAUUUCCACGAAUUUCACCCAACACAAUAUUCUCCUAAACAUUACCGGUCGUGUGCAAAAUACAUCCAGUUUGCCGUGUGAUCUGAAAUUUGAUGUAAUAAACGCGGAGCACUUCCAAGAUUCCUGCUCGUGGUCGGCAGAUAUCAUGGUAGAUGGCAUCGCGAAAAUGGUUGCGGAGUCGUAUUUCACGAGAUUGGACUCGGAUGACAAGCUGGCAGCGGUUAUGGGCAGCGGUUGUGAGCAGGCGGAUGCGGAGUUGUUUGCACUGGCGAGAGAAUUGAAUAUCCUGGUGUUGGCUGGAUCAAGUCUAACGCCCACGUUGGCGGACGCACACAAAUACCCUACCGUGAUCGGCUUUUCCCACACCCAUGAAAGGGCUGGUCAUUUUGUUUACGAAAUAAUGAAACUGUACAACUGGACGGAUAUCGGUGUGGUUUACAAUGCCGACAACCAACAUUGGGAAUCUAGUUUUCAGUCGCUAACCGAAGUCAUGAAACGGAAGGGUGACAUCCGGAUUACAGAUUUUGCGGUGAAACCAGAUGAGCAUCCCGACUCUUUUACGAAAACGCUAAGCGAAAUUUACAAAUUCUGUCGAAUAAUUUUAUUACUCAUGGAUCCGAUCGACGUCCGCCAAAUCAUGCUGCUUGCCUUCCAUAGCCCUGGCCAGCGUGCAUACAUUUCCGGGGAAUAUGUCUUUAUUUCCUUGUCCUACUCGGUGACCAAUAUGUACUUCGAAGUGCCGGAUGCCAAUUUCACAAUGCAUCACACCGUUAACCCUGAAGAAGAGAGUCUAAUGCAAGCAUUUAGAAGCCUUUUUUUAAUACGUCUUAAACCGCACACCGAUCCGAUUUUUGGGACUGACUUCUCUGGAAAGGUCGACGACUCCAUCAACGGUACCCUGGUUGUUGAAGAGGAAAAUGAGUACUUUUCUACUUUUGACAAAGCGAUACGGUCGUACGAUGCUGUAUUAAGCGAUAUCAACGAAACGGACUGGCCCCAGGAGAUCUUUAACGGAAAGGCCAUGGCCCAACGGUUUGUUAACCGUACCUUUAGUUUCCCCACAAAAAAUUUGACCUUUUCCGAAGACAAUGAGCUACGGGGACGAUUUGAAUUACUGAACUUUGUCCCAACGAACAGGACAUUUUGGAAAGUACUGGAGUUUUACGAAACGGACCGGAUACCGCGCGUUGUGGGGUCAGUUCAGUGGGUCAGCUACUGGCCUCCACCUAAUGAACCGGUGUGUGGAUUCGAUGGGACCAAAUCCAUUUGCUUCCUUUAUGAAAACCGAACCGCUUUCAUUGCCGUUUUGGCGAGCGUCGUGUCGGUGGUGAUUGCCGUUUUGGCUGUUGUGAUUAUUUACAGACUGGUGAAACGGCAGCGCGCUCUAGCGAAUGCGACUUGGUGGCGCAUCGCUCCGGAGGAGUUAUCAAAGUCGGAACGCGGGGCUGCUGGCAGUCACGCCAUGUUUCGCUUUGAAACCGUUCAUUUGAUUCCGUUUAUUCAAACAAUAAUGACCAAAAAGACGGAGAGAGAAUUACGAAAGUUGCGCAUGACCAAGCACGACAAGCUGGUGCGGUUUUAUGGUCUGUGUACCAGCGCGGAUCUUCAUGUUAUCGUCAUGGAAUACUGCUCACGGGGGAAUUUGCACUAUUUAUCCAGACAUUCUGAUCCCUUCCUGUGUGACUGGAAUUUCAAAUUUUCCGUCAUGAAGGACGUCGCCGAGGGGCUUUUAUUUAUUCAUACUUCCUGGAUGAAGUGUCAUGGCAGGUUGCGCAGCGAUAAAUGCAUGCUAAAUGCACGGUACACUGCGAAAAUUGGCGACUAUGCUCUGCAUGAUUUGUUACCGGAGGAUACCCUCGAACCGGAUAAGAAACUCUGGACGGCGCCGGAAAUCCUUCGACUGAAAGGACAGGAGCCCACUGUGGAGCAGAAGCAGCUCGGUGACCUUUACAGUUUAUCCAUUAUUAUGACGGAGGUGUCGAUGAUGUGCGAUCCGUUUAUGCACACAAAUGCCAGUUUGACUCCAUCGCAAAUUCUGGAUUCCCUGGAGAAAGGUCGUCAGCCACCGUUUCGCCCCAAACUGCGGCUGACCGGUCUCGGACAGCAGGCGGUGAUUUUGAAGGAGCUAAUUGAGAACUGCUGGAAAGAAGAUCCGGCGCAACGGAUGGCCAUCAAGCCCCUGCUGGUGGAAUUGCGCACCCUGGCCGGCGAGCAAGGGACGCACAUGCUGCAAGAUCUACUGGACCGCAUGACGAAGCACGCCGAGGAUCUGGAGAAGAAGACCAUCCAGAUGACCAAAGAUCUCAUACAGCAGCGCGCCAAUUAUAAAGAAAUCAUCACCAAUAUUCUUCCCAGGGCCGUAGCCUUAAGAGUGAUCGCACAGGAAAAGAUUGUUCCGGAAACGUACGAUGCAAUAACUAUUCUAGUGGCAUCGUUAGCUAACAUCCCGGCGAUCAUCGAGAAAUGCCAGUUAGACCAAUUUAUAGACGUGCUGAAUGCGUGGAUUCGCGUGUUAACUUACGGAACCGUACAUUUCGGUCUGACGCGUGUGCGAUCCCUCAACGAUACGUGGAUGGCCGUGGGUGGAUUUCCCCAGAAAAUCGGCUUCCGGCAUGUGGCCCACACAGCUCAGUGUGCCUUGUAUCUUCGUGAGACGGUGUCGCAGUUAGAAGUUCCCAAUAUGACAGAGGAGAAACCGAAAGCUUUAAUCGGCUUCCAUACCGGGCCAGCCAUGACGUGUUUAGUGGGGAAACGGAUGCCGUUUUACGUCAUCAUCGGGGAUACGCCCAUCAUAUCGCGCAUACUUCAAUGCACAUGCGAAGCGGGAAAAAUACACAUCAGUCAGCACACCGCUACACUCCUCGGGGAAACACGCCAGUUUUUCUGCGAACCGCGGCAGAAAACGGCUUUACAUGAGAAAGCGGUUUUCCGUACCUGCUGGUUGACCGGCAUGACGAAGCAGCAGCCAUUUUAAGCGUGAUAAUUUUUUGUACUGGUCUUUGUACGCCGAUUUUCUUUGUGGCUUUGCAUAGAUGCCUUAGCUUAUCCCAGUGCUUUUCGACAAAUGUGGUGAUAUCUUUUCUGCCGAAUUUUGACAAUGCAAAUUCAGAAAAAAUGUAUGGUUAUUCGUUCGGUUAUUCGUGGUGGUUAUUCGUUCUUUGGAAC